AUGAAGGGAGUGAAAGGAAAGUUCCUGAAGAAGUUGAAGACAAUCCGGCCUGUUGGGUAUUUGAAGCCACAAGAUCGAAUUCUUCAGGUAAGUGCGUCAGAUGGGUAUGUAGAUUCUUAUCCCAAGAGCUCAGAUCUCAACGUUCAGGCCCAGUUGGUUUCCAUGGAAACAGAGCAGAAGAAAAUGAAAGAGAACGUUUUGACCGAGCAAGAGCCUGAUGUUAUUGACGUCGCUGAGUUUAUGAAAGACCUUGAAGAUGAAGAAUCAGGGCCUGAGGAUAAUUUGGACGACAAGGAAAACAUCCAGCCAAAAAUGAAGGCAAAAAACUCAAUGGCAUUCAAGGAAAAUUUGAUGAGAACAGAGCACAAUUUGGGGGAAAACAGAGCUCUUGAAGCUUCAGAAGAAUCGUUGCCCGGGCCGGAUCGUGGUAGACAAAUCCCUUUGUCGGAGAUUGACAUCUCGUCUUUUCGCAGACCGGACUUAAACUCUGGUAGCCUCUUUGACCCGAACCUACUCGCAGCCUUUCAGCAAGCCGUGAUGGAAUAUAUGAAGUUGAGUGAAGCAGAGAGAAUAUCAAGAAGAAGUGAAAAACAGAAUCUUGAAUCCAAUGUAGUUGAGCCAGAGCCGGAGCCGCCUUCAAAUGAAGAACCUCUAUUAUGCUUCGAGGAGAAGUGUGUGCCUGGGAGUUCGGAUUCAUCAGUAAUUCUGUACACAACAACCCUUCGAGGUAUUCGAAAGACCUUCGAUGACUGCAACAGCGUUCGGUUUCUUUUGGAGAGCUUUCGGGUGGUGUUUUACGAGCGGGAUGUGUCUAUGCACAUGGAAUUCAGAGAAGAGCUGUGGCAAGUUUUGGACUGUAAAGCAGUGCCUCCUAAGCUUUUCAUAAAGGGGAGAUAUAUUGGGGGAGCAGAGGAGGUUUUGACUCUUCAUGAGCAAGGAAAGCUUAAGCCACUCUUCCAUGGAGUCCCGAUCGAUCGGUCUAUUGGCCCCUGUGAAGCUUGUGAUGGAGUUCGAUUUGUUGUUUGUUUCAAAUGCAGUGGCAGCUGCAAAGUGAUUGGCCAAGAGGGCCAGUCAGACAAGUGCUCAGUGUGCAAUGAAAAUGGGUUGAUUAUAUGUCCCUUGUGUUGCUAA